AUGAGGAAGUUUUCCUGCAUUAUAGAUGCCUUCCUGAAGGAACAGAUAGCUGAGACAUCGCUUGCGGAUAAUCUUAUGGAUCUUUCAGAGGGUCUUGAAUUUUCCCCUGUGACCUCUUUGGCAGCUUUGCCUGACAGCUGUAGGCUUAUAGAUGUAGCAGUUUCCAAGAGCUUAAGUACUGAAGGCAAGAGAAUGCCAGAGAAAUCCUCUGUUUGGCUGGAAAGCUCCCCGAUACUUAAAAAAAAAAAACCUGCAGAGGAAAUACCUGGGGAAACAAACUACAUUGAGUCAAGUUUUCAGAGCUUAUCUUCACAGGAACCUGAGAUCAGACCACUACAGGACUUGACCAAUGCCAGGACUUUGUCUUCCCCCACCCUGGAAGACGCGUCAAGGUACUCAUCAAGGCGGAGACGGGACCCACCUUGCUAUGCAGAGCCAAGACUCAACAGCAAACUGAGGCGGAGUGACCCAUUUACAAGCACAGAUUUCCUCCACUCCCCUCACCGCAAGCCCAAAAAGAAGAGACCUGACAAAGCCAAGAAAAUGACUAAGAUGAUUGAAGAGGACAAAGAACAGCUUCCUAAAGGAUGUCUCAGUGCUGAGGCAGGCUAA